AGCGAGCGGCGAGCACACAGAUACACAGAUACUCGCCACGCACACAGCGACAUCCAGCAGUUUGCCUGCGUUUGCGUCGUACUCGAGCUAUAUGGCGUAUGGCCGUAUGGCUCUGGGCUCUGGCAUUCACUCUACGCUGUGUAUUUCAUAUUGCAAAGGCAAAGGCAAAAGCUGUACUACGUACGCUCAAGCGACUUGGGCAUUCAGUGCAAAGAAAAUUUUAUACAGUGAACGGAGCAGCAACUGAACCAAAAUCGAGCAGAUUUUUACCGAUUUGCCGCAAUUAAAACGCAAAUUACGCGACAUUUUCAUACGGCUGCUUAAGUGCUCAGCCUAGAUAUAUUCCGUGCAAGCAGUCGAAUUAGACCAGAAAAAUGAGUGGAGAUCGCCCGAAGCGUCCUCUUUCCGCCUACAUGCUGUGGCUCAACGAGACCCGCGAACAGAUCAAGAAGGAUAAUCCCGGCAGCAAGGUGACAGACAUCGCCAAGCGGGGCGGAGAGCUCUGGCGCGGAUUGAAGGAUAAGACCGAGUGGGAGCAGAAGGCCAUCAAAAUGAAGGAGGAGUACAACAAGGCGGUGAAGGAGUACGAGGCCAAUGGCGGCACCGAUUCGGGAGCGCCCAAGAAGCGAAAGAAGGCGGCCGCCAAGCCCGCCAAGAAGGCCAAGAAGAAAGAGUCCUCCGAGGAGGAGGAGGAGGACGAGAGCGAGUAGACGGUUGCAGCCACCGAAAUGGGCAACGUUUUUCUGCAUAAGUUUUAAAAUACAUUUUAUUAAUGUAAUUUUUUAAGUGACAAAAAAAGAAAACCCACAAAAAUGAAAACCAAGAAAAAAACCUAAUUAAAAACCAAACAACAAAAAAAUAUGAAAAAAACAAAGAAAAACCGAAUUAAGACCUUAAAUCUUUAAAUAUGCACUAAAUCCAUAAACAUGCGAACACACACACA